AUGCCAUUAAUAUCAGCCCCUCCUGGAAUGGUCAAGGCCUUAGAAAACCGAAUCAUGAUGAUACUACCCUUUACCGUUUUCUCUGUCAGACCUGUUUUCAGAUCAGGAAAAGGAGAGCAGUGGCUUAAGGACAGUAGACUUACAAUGAGAACCUUGAGAACAGAGAAAAAAUUAUUUACAGAAAAAUAUGCCACCAGGGGCAGGGUGCUAAAAGCACAAAUCCAAGAAUUAGUUGCUGGCAAGAACCCUCAUUCAGCUGCUGGUGUUGCCAACCUAGAGGUGUUUAGUCAUGGGUUGCAUACUGCUGUGACCAAGAUCCAGGUUCCAAGACCUGGUUUUAAUUACACGUUUGCCCACAUAUGUAUCCUGAAUAAUGAUAAGACAUGCAUCGUGGAUGACAUAGUGCACGUCCUGGAAGAACUAAAGAAUGCACGGGCCACCAAUCGGACCAAUUUUGCUAUCACGUACCCGAUCACUCACUUAAAGGAUGGGAGGGCCGUGUACAAUGGACACCAACUUGGGGGAGUCACUGUACACAGCAAGGAUCGGGUGAAAUCUGCAGAGGCCAUUCAGCUCACCUACUACCUGCAGUCAAUCAACAGUCUCAAUGACAUGGUGGCUGAGAGGUGGGAGUCCAGCUUCUGUGACACUGUCAGACUGUUCCAGGAAUCCAACAGCAAAGUCAAAAUGUACCCUUAUACGUCUUCGUCACUAAGAGAAGAUUUCCAGAAGACCAGCCGUGUGUCAGAGCGUUACCUGGUCACCAGCCUGAUCCUGGUGGUCACCAUGGCCAUCCUCUGCUGCUCUAUGCAGGACUGCGUCCGCAGCAAACCCUGGCUAGGCCUGCUCGGGUUGGUAACCAUAAGCCUAGCCACUCUCACUGCAGCUGGAAUCAUCAAUCUCACUGGUGGCAAAUACAAUUCCACCUUCCUGGGAGUCCCUUUCGUCAUGCUAGGUCAUGGAUUAUAUGGGACUUUUGAAAUGUUGUCCUCCUGGAGGAAAACUAGAGAAGACCAACAUGUUAAAGAGCGAACUGCAGCAGUGUAUGCAGACUCCAUGCUCUCCUUUUCUCUCACCACUGCCAUGUACCUGGUCACCUUUGGCAUAGGGGCCAGCCCUUUCACAAACAUUGAGGCAGCCAGGAUUUUCUGCUGCAAUUCCUGUAUUGCAAUCUUCUUCAACUACCUCUAUGUACUUUCGUUUUAUGGUUCCAGCCUGGUGUUCACUGGCUACAUAGAAAACAAUUACCAGCAUAGUAUCUUCUGUAGAAAAGUUCCAAAGCCUGAAGUAUUGCAGGAGAAGCCAGCAUGGUACAGGUUUCUCUUAACAGCCAGAUUCAGUGAGGACACAGCUGAAGGUGAGGAAGCAAACACUUACGAGAGUCACCUAUUGGUAUGUUUCCUCAAACGCUAUUACUGUGACUGGAUAACCAACACCUAUGUCAAGCCUUUUGUAGUUCUCUUUUACCUUAUUUAUAUUUCCUUUGCCUUAAUGGGCUAUCUGCAGGUCAGUGAAGGAUCAGACCUUAGUAACAUCGUAGCAACAGCGACACAAACCAUUGAGUACACUACUGCCCAGCAAAAGUACUUUAGUAACUACAGUCCUGUGAUUGGGUUUUACAUAUAUGAGUCCAUAGAAUAUUGGAACACUAGUGUCCAAGAAGAUGUUCUAGAAUAUACCAAGGGGUUUGUGCGGAUAUCCUGGUUUGAAAGCUAUUUAAAUUACCUUCGGAAACUCAAUGUAUCCACUGGCUUGCCUAAGAAAAAUUUCACAGACAUGUUGAGAAAUUCCUUCCUGAAAGCUCCCCAAUUUUCACAUUUUCAAGAGGACAUCAUCUUCUCUAAAAAGUACAAUGAUGAGGUUGAUGUAGUGGCCUCCAGAAUGUUUUUAGUGGCCAAGACCAUGGAAACAAACAGAGAAGAACUCUAUGAUCUCUUGGAGACCCUGAGGAGACUUUCAGUCACCUCCAAGGUGAAGUUCAUCGUCUUUAAUCCGUCUUUUGUGUACAUGGAUCGAUAUGCCUCCUCUCUGGGAGCUCCCCUGCACAAUUCCUGCAUCAGUGCUUUGUUCCUGCUCUUCUUCUCGGCAUUCCUGGUGGCAGAUUCUCUAAUUAAUGUCUGGAUCACUGUAACAGUUGUGUCCGUGGAGUUUGGAGUUAUAGGUUUCAUGACAUUAUGGAAAGUAGAACUGGACUGCAUUUCUGUGCUAUGCUUAAUUUAUGGAAUUAACUAUACAAUUGACAAUUGUGCUCCACUGUUAUCCACAUUUGUUCUGGGCAAGGAUUUUACGAGAACUAAAUGGGUUAAAAAUGCCCUGGAAGUGCAUGGGGUAGCUAUUUUACAGAGUUACCUCUGCUAUAUUGUUGGUCUGAUUCCUCUUGCAGCUGUGCCUUCAAAUCUGACCUGUACACUGUUCAGGUGCUUGUUUUUAAUAGCAUUUGUCACCUUCUUUCACUGCUUUGCCAUUUUACCUGUGAUACUGACUUUCCUGCCACCCUCUAAGAAAAAAAGGAAAGAGAAGAAAAAUCCUGAAAACCGGGAGGAAAUUGAGUGUGUAGAAAUGGUGGAUCUCGAUAGUACCCGAGUGGUUGACCAAAUUACAACAGUGUGAUAGUGUCUGCUUGGUAUAUUUUCACCCUAGAUCUUAUCAAGAACAAUGAGAUUAUGUUAAUGGAGACAAUUAAGUUCAAAGCUGUUCCCUUUUUUUAAAGGAUAUGAAACAGGCAUUGCAAAAAAUAGUAAAGGACAGGGGGAAGUAGUGGGCAUGGCACCUUUUCAAUCUUUAAAACAAAAGAGUUGUUAUAAAAAUGAAUUUAUAUACACACAUGUACCCUAGGAGACUUACAGUCUCUUAAGCUAAGAUCAAAUAGAAGAAAGCUUAUUAACAAGGAGGAUCCUAUUUUAUCCAGACUGCAGAUGUUGCUGGUAUUAUUAUAAAAGCAACUGAUUGAAAGGUCAGCUGCCAAGCAAAAAUAGAUUUAAGUAUUGUUCAAACAACAAGGCUUCCAAAACUUCUGCAGAGCAGUAACUCUAGCUAAGGUUUGAGGUCUUGGCUGUCUUACCUAGCUCAACACCCAAGGAGAUGCUUCUGAAAGUUCUGACCAGUAAAAGCAAGCCAGAGCCUCAGAAGCAGAUGUGGUAGAGUGGAUAUCACCCAUGAAUGAAAUUGAGUCACCCCUAAAAUCACCUGGGUGAGGCAGUUUUGUUGUUUAGAAUAAAUUGGUCAUAUUCUCCCACUGAUAUACUUUUAGCGUUUGUAUAGUUUGGUUAAUACACCUGGAAACCAAUGACAACUCCAGUAUUACAGAAUUGGGGAAAUUCUAUUUUGGAAUAUCAUAUCACUUGUCACUGAAUGAGUCUGCUCUAUUAGUUACAGCUCUUGGCAGAAGGCUCUGAAGAUGUAAAACCAUAAGCCAAACUCAAAAUACCUGGCAUGAUGGGGAAAAGUAGGUGUCUACUUGAACCUAGAGAAAGCAUCUCCAUUUUAACAACAACAGAAAAUAGCCAACUGGUACAGCUGUUUGUGGUUUGACCUUACAUACAUUUUUGCAUGGAUGCCUAGGAACAACAUCUGCCCACACAUAAUGAAGGAAGAAUAAAUGAACACUAAAAUAGUUAUUUGC